AUGGACGGUUAAUUUUUAUUGCCAUAACGUUGAACUGAUAUUUAUAUGGUCAACAGAAAAUAUGGAGAUUAAGAAUUGCCGAUAUAAUAAAGUUUUUUAUUUAAUGGAAGUUUUUUGAAAACCGCAGAAAAAAAAAAUAAACACAAAAGAUGCUCAAGACCAAAGAUUCAAAGCCAGCUGAAACAAAAUGGAAGCACAUGUUUGUGAUGGCUGUGAUGUCGACCUUUAUAUUUGCUGCCAUUUUCACCAUGAGACCUACCCUUAUCAUCCAUCCGGUGGUGGCCAUGGGAGUACUCCACAGAACCCGUUAUUUACAGGCCUCGGUCAUCAAGACCCACCCAGACCAUACCCUCACGGAAGAAGAAAUGUUACAAUCAACGAUCCUGAAUGAGAAAACCACAAACAGUACAGAAUAUUCGGAAUAUAUAGUCCCAUUAGCAAACCAAACAUUGUGCCAAAAGUAUCCAGACACAAACGAUUGGACGUUUCACUGCAGCGUGCCGUGUGAGGCAAUGAGACUUACUGGUAUCAAAACAACAAACAUUGAUGUGAUCAAGUCUUGCUCAAUGUUAGAGGAAAGUGUUACAUGGUCGCAAACAGCGAAUAGAACUUUGUUUCACGUACCAUUUCAAUCCCGGUGUUUAGAUAAUUUAAUCAGAGACUAUUGUCAAACAUCCACAACUGUGCCAAACAUAGCUCACUACGUAUGGUUCUCAAGAAAAGAAAUGAACUUUUAUCAUUUUUUGAGUUUCUUAAGCGUGCUGAAACACUUAAACCCAUGUCUAAUUUUAGUUCAUGGAGAUGUUCCCUAUGGGUUGUAUUGGGAAUACAUUAUGAUGAUUACUAAUAAUAUAAUAAAUGUAAAAAUGAAGCCACCUGCCACCAUAUUUGGUAAGAAGAUUGGGCGAAUAGAGCACCAGGCUGAUGUAGCUAGGCUUCUAAUCUUACAAGAAUAUGGAGGAAUAUACAUAGAUACAGAUGAAAUUAUAUUACGUUCCAUGGAGGAUUUAAUGAAUUAUUCCUUCACACUAAGUCACGCUGUUGACAACAAUUUAAGCAACGGACUUAUACUAUCGGAACCAAAUGCAACCUUUCUUUCGUACUGGUUGGAUGGGUAUAAAACUUACAACAAAGCACAGUGGGCCUAUCAUUCUACGAUUUUACCUCAUAAACUCUCUUUAAAGCAUCCAGAUUUAUUGCAUAUAGAAAAUAAAACAUUUGUUAGGCCAAAUUAUACUCAAUUAAAACUAUUAUUUCGAAAGAAUUUUAACUGGUCAAAGAAUUAUGGGAUUCAUCUGUAUAUACGUUUUUACAAAAGAAUGCAUACUUCCAUGGAUGUUAGACGUUUAAAUACGACUAUGGGGUCUGUAGCGAGAUACAUUUUGUAUGACACUAAAGAGCUUUGUUUUGAUGCAUAAUGUUUUAUCAAAAUGCUCAGAUAUUUCGCUUGCAUUUCAUAUCCUCUCGAACAGUAUUACUUUGAAUAUGAUAACUUAAGUUCCUCUAUUAAUUCUCCACAGUGAAAUUUUCCAGUAAUAACUUUUCCAAUUAAAAUUAAAAUGCUUGAUUUAUAGAAGAUUACUUUAUAAACUGGGUAUUUUUUUUUUUUGAAAGCAGCAAACCAGUUGCUAACUAGGAAUAAUAGUUGAAGAAUAUAAUCAAAACGAAAAUGAUUAAGUGAUAAAAGAUUUUGAAUACUGCAGUAAUAAGAAAAUUUGAAUUUAAUUUUGUUUUCAAAUCUGGAUUAAAUAUGUCAUACCAAGCUGUUUAUGGAUGAGAAAAGUAUAAAGUUUCUGUGAAGAUUAUACCUUUUUUUUAACCAUAAAAUGGUUAUUUCAUUUACAUGUACCUAUGACUGUCUCAGACAUUUCAGUACUGAGUUGCUCCAUACCUUGUUAAUUUUUGGAUCAGUAAUUUGUUUUCUUCUCCAGUUAACUUGCUUGUAAUAGUUUUGCAGCUUCACUUAUAAAAUAAUUUGUUCGUAAUGCACUUUGUGUUUGUAACAGAAAACUGAAGGAAAAUUAUCUUUGUUGGGCAUAACUUUUUUCUCAUUUUUUUUGUUGGUAUUUCGUGUGCAUAAUUUUUGUUUUACAUUUCAUCUGCUUCUGUUGCCAAAACGACUACAUAUGUUUUAACUUAUUUUGAAAGCCAUGUUUUUGUUUUAUUUAUUUAUUUCAUAAAUCUAUCCAAUUAUUAUGUAACG